AUGUGCGCCUCGACUGCCUGCAACACCCUGCUCGAUGACGUGAAGGCCAUGAACCUGGAGGAGUGCCAACUGCCGGUCGGUGUCGGUUCCAACCUGAAGGCCGACCUGGUAGUCUACGUGCCGUCCAACUGCCCAUCGACGUCGGCUCCCAGCCCGGACUCGCCUGCCACAAACGCACCUGUUGUCGACACCCCGACGACGCCAGACAACUUGACGAACCAGGCCGAGCACACCGCCGCGCUAACCAAGACCCCCAUCGCUUGCUAA